AUGGUGGGCAAAAAUCCAGGACUUGAGUCCUCUAAGAAGGUUGAUGUGACCCACAAAUCCACUCAGUCUCACAAGCGCAAGAGAGAUCCCCAUGGCUCUCAACCUGCUGCGACUACUCCCACGCCAACGAAGAAGCACAAGAAACGCGAAAGCUUGCCGAUCGCAGAGGUCACAGAUGAUGGCAGCAUCAAGAAGCGCAAGCACCUCAAGGAUGCGCCUCAGGGAUCGAAUUCCCCGGAGACGUCCCGGAAAGAAAGUACUCUCUCGUCAGCCCGCAGAAAAGCGACUGUUGCAGACUCGCGCAACGGCGUCAGCGAAACGGAAGACAAAUCAAAAAAGAGCAAGCGAAAGAGCUCUGGAACGGGCGACACAUUGGAUGAUGCGGCUGCAUCUGUGAUUACAGGAAACGACGAUGAAGAAGUUGAAGCGCCGGAAGUCGAACAACGCAAAUCGAAGAACAAGCAUUCGGGAAUUAUGUCAAAGUUUGAGCGCACCAAAACCGUCUCUAGCGCCAAAGCCAAAAAAGUUGAACCCGAAGCCGUCGAAGAUGAGACACCUGCUGUCGAAGCUGUCUACGCACAGGGUCUUGAACGGCUACCUCAGCCAGAAAACCCGCCCGAGGCAGAGCAAAUCCCAACAUAUUCAUCUCUACCCCCUGGCUUGCCAAUCCACCUUCUCAAAAUUCUCGAACAACAGAACUACAAGGAAGCGUUUGCUGUGCAGUCUACUGUCAUUCCCCUCCUUUUGAAGGGAGAGCAAAACCACCCGGGAGAUCUGUGUAUCUCUGCGGCGACUGGAUCCGGAAAAACACUUUCCUAUGUUCUCCCCCUUGUUACCGCUCUGCCCCCGAGACCUGCCUCCAGACUUAGAGGAUUGAUUGUGGUUCCUACAAGAGAGCUGGUAAAACAAGCUCGCGAAUCCUGUGAGCUAUGUGCUUCUGGGUCCAAACUUCAUAUCGGAAGCGCAGUCGGUAAUGUGGCUAUCAAAGAUGAGCAAAAACUCUUGAUGCGCGUGGACCAGGUUUACAACCCGGCUAUUCAACAGCAGCAGCGUGACGGAUUGAAAGGAAACGACUGGAUGAACUUGAGCCUGGAAGAUUGUGUCAGUGAGGCAAUUGACUCUAGUGGGUCUCUUCCUGGUCACAUUCACCGAUCCGAGCCAAAUGUCGACAUCCUUAUCUGUACCCCUGGUCGUCUCGUUGACCACAUUCGCUACACCAAGGGAUUCACCCUCAAGUAUCUCGAAUGGCUUGUGAUUGAUGAAGCAGAUCGUCUCUUGAACGAAAGUUUCCAGGAGUGGGUUGAUGUCGUCAUGAACUCGCUGAACAGUCGACAGGCCCCUGAAACCUUUGGCCCUGGUGGAAAGCUGUUGUCUGAACUUGGACUUUCGAUUGACGCCAAGCCUCCUCGAAAGGUUAUUCUGAGUGCAACAAUGACCCGCGACAUUUCUAAACUCAACUCGCUGCGCCUCGCCAACCCCAAGAUGGUUAUCAUUGGGUCUGAGGAUGCUGCCGACGAAGAAGACCCAUCUGCUAUUCAUCCAGAUGCUCACUUUGCCCUACCCCCAACUCUGUCUGAGCACGUUAUUCAAGUUGGCGAUGGAUCUCUCAAGCCGCUUUAUUUGUUGCGUCUUCUUCUUUCUCACAUUGAGAUUAGUGGUGACCGAGCUCCAAGCGUGUCUGAUUCAUCUGACUCUGACAGCUCUAGUUCAGAUGAUGACACUAGCAGCGAUGACGAUACCAGCUCCGAUGAUGAUACUAGCUCUGAUGAAUCAUCUGAUGAUGACACUUCAUCUUCUGGGUCAGAUUCGGAGUCAGAUUCGGAGUCAGAUUCAGAUUCAGACUCGGACUCUGAUUCUUCCGAUUCUUCGGACUCAUCUGACUCGGAAUCCGAUGCUAUGGAAGUCGUUCCCUCGCCCUCGCGUAAGACUGUUCUGAUUUUCACCAAGUCAUCCGAGUCUGCCUCUCGACUUGCACGUCUCAUUUCGCUUCUGCAUCCCGCAUUGGCCAAGCGCGUGGGAACUAUCAUUAAAUCCAACAAAUCCUCUGCAUCUAGGAAGACAUUGACGGCUUACCGACAAGGUCGCAUCUCAGUGAUUGUGGCUACUGAUCGUGCCUCUCGUGGUCUUGAUCUAGAAUCUUUGACUCAUGUCAUCAACUACGAUAUCCCGACCAGCAUCACUACCUACGUUCACCGAGUCGGACGUACCGCUCGUGCUGGCCGCGCAGGCUCUGCGUGGUCCCUAGUUGCUCACCGUGAGGGCCGCUGGUUUGCCAACGAGAUCGCAGCCAGCGUGGACGGCCGGAUCACCCGUACUUCGAACCUUGAGCGUGUCCAGAUCAAGGCCGACGCAUUGGACUCACUCAAGCCCAAAUAUGCCAAGGCUUUGGACAAGCUUGAGCAAGAGGUCAAGCGUGGCUAG